CGCCAUGCCAGCAAAGCGGCGGGCCGGCUCCCCAGCUGUGGCAUCCGCGCCUAAGCAGCGACAAUCCAAGCUGGCGAAAGAAAACAAGAUCACCAACGGAGAAGAGACGGAGAUAAAGGAAGCCUUUGAGCUCUUUGCACAAAAGAAGACCGAUAAGAAGGGAGAGAAGGAGAAAGUUCUACCAAUUGGCGAUGUCCGGAGGGCUAUGAUUGCACUAGACAUCCCACCCACUUCCUCUGAACUCCAGGAGUUUACUUCGAUUCUCGACCCAGACGAUGAAGGUUUUGCAGCAUACGAGCAAUUCCUCGCGAUCUGCGCCUUGAAAUUCCACAGCCGAGAACGAACUUCAGAUUCGCAUGCACAGGAGGUCGAUGAGGCGUUUCGGCUGUUUACGAGUGGCGGUGGAGAGGGUAAGAUAACGUUAGCGACCUUGAAGAGGGUUGCGAAGGCGUUGAAGGAGGAUGUCGAGGAGGACUUGUUGAGGGAUAUGAUAUUGGAGGCGAAUGGUGGUGCGGGCGUGGGAAGAGGCGUGGAGAAAGAUGAGUUUGAGGGUGUGAUGAGGAGAGCGGGGGUUUGGAGGUGAUGUUGAACGAAAUGAGCUGAUAAUGUUGAUAAUACUGGAUGAGACUAUACGGGAAUUCUGGGAGUUUGGGCGAAGUAUGGAGUUGGAGUUCUAGGGCGUUAUGGGGAAUCAACUUGCAGUCACGGAUGGGAGGCUUCUGCUUGGCUACGAAGUUUGUCCGGAUGGACACGUUUACUGUAUAGUUGAUAUUGAAAACGCCAUAAAAUAUGCAAAAAACUCAGAACACCAUUCCGAAACUCAAAAUGCAAUCAAUGGCAUCCAUAUAUCUUCUUAUGACUCCAUAAUCCUUCAUCCCUUGGGUAUCAUUAUACUUUUGGCACUUCGAUAGCCGGUGCC